AUGAACAUCAAAAUGUACGCACAAACGCAAUAUUUUAGUCCACCUGUUUCUUCAAAUCUUAAUUCGUCAGAUCAAAUUAGAAAAUAUAAUACGUUGUUACCACAAUUUCACAACACACAAAGUAUAGAGCAUAAUUUAAAAUUAAAAUUGAAUAAAGGUAGUUAUGAUAACGCAGUUCCAUCUUCUCCUCGUUCAAAUGUAGGUUCAAUUACUUAUCAAUCUAGUUUGCCUUCAAUUAAUGAAUUAAAUCCUAAUGCCACACAAAAUUAUCAGCUCCUUAGCAGCAAUAAUAACAAUAACCAAAUACCACAUCUAACUCAUCCACCUUACAUCCCAAUUUCACAACAACAGUAUACCAACCAACCAAUUCACACCACAUACACUAAUGACAUUACCAACACCAACAAUAGCAUCAUGUAUUCAAAGCAAAGCUUUGUUACUGGAAACCCUUACAUAAAGACUGAUUACACUUCCAAUACAGCAUUAACUCCUCCGUUACAUUCGAUGAGAAACACUAAUUCAUACCGCUCAUAUACGUAUAACAAUAUGAUUGCUAGACCAAUCACUCCACCAAUGACCAUGUCUGCCUCUCCAUCUGUGAACACAUCUGUCACACAAAUUCUUCAAGUUCCAAAUAUUCAAACUCAAGCAAUUUUCUCAAGCACCGCUAACAGCAGCAUUCCAUUCGAAUCAAACAAUCAACCAUCAUUUUAUGGUGUCGAAAUUCAAGAGAUUUUGAAGAAGAACAUAAAGGAAAUGACAAAAGAAGAAAGAUUAUUGACGAUCGAAAGGAGACGUAAGCACCAAUGUAAAAUUUGCAUGAAGAAAUUCACUACAGCAGGUCAUUUAACUAGACAUCAUAAGAUUCAUACAGGUGAAAAAAAUCACAAAUGUCCACAUAGGGGUUGUAAUUUAUGGUUUUCAAGAAAUGAUAACAGUUUACAACAUUAUCAGACUCAUUUAAAAAGAAAGACUAAGAAAAGAAGAUCCGAAAGAAAACCAACCAAGACAACAAAGAAAGUCAUUUCUAACAAAAAUGAGAAGAUUAAAUAA